AUGUUUGUUCCGAUGGGUGGAGAUGGUAAUGGUGGAUUUGUAGUGGUGGUGGCAAAAGAUCAAGAGGGAUCCGAGGGAAGGAUACCUGAUUUGACGACCUUGAAGGCCUUUACGGUCAAGAACAGCCAAGGAGUGAAUUAUAAGCCGAAUUCCGGGGUUGGAAAGGAUGAUUGUGAGGAGUACUGGUUCAAGAAGGAAGCCGAGGCUGUGGGAUCGGAAGGAGGCGUAGCAGCUAUUGUUCGUCUCUAA